UGCAUUCCCUAUAUCUGGUCUCCCCGGACCCUGCAUUCACUAUAUCUGGUCUACCAGGACCCUGCAUUCACUAUAUCUGGUCUCCCCGGGCCCUGCAUUCACUAUAUCUGGUCUACCAGGACCCUGCAUUCACUAUAUUUGGUCUCCCCGGACCCUGCAUUCACUAUAUCCGGUCUCCCCGGACCCUGUAUUCACUAUAUCUGGUCUCCCAGGACCCUGCAUUCACUAUAUCUGGUCUCCCCGAACCCUGCAUUCACUAUAUCUGGUCUCCCCGGACCCUGCAUUCACUAUAUCCGGUCUCCCCAGGCCCUGCAUUCACUAUAUCUGGUCUACCAGGACCCUGCAUUCACUAUAUCCCGGACCCUGCAUUCACUAUAUCUGGUCUACCAGGACCCUGCAUUCACUAUAUCCGGUCUCCCAGGACCUUGCAUUCACUAUAUCCAGUCUCCCAGGACCUUGCAUUCACUAUAUCUGGUCUCC